CAAGCAUCAACAUACGUGAAACCGUCCGCGCUGGCAGUGAUCGACAAGGCCAUGCUGAUAUAUCCUCCGGUUAUUACUGCUUCAGGGGAAGGGCCCGUCCGCAGUACAUGUUGUAUAGGUCGACGUCACAGCAUGGAUCACAGCUGACCCCGAAACCUGGUCCAGCGUAGCGUUGGGUGUAAGAGGUGGUAUGGGUGGCGUAGUGGCCAAAGGGACCUCAAAGAUGGCUCCGUCUUGCCCUUUUCGACCUCCCGUCCGUCCGGUGCUAUUAUUAAGUGGCUUUUUAUUUAAGGACCGCGCAGUUUACCAACAGCACUCGACAACAGCAGUUUGAACCAACCAUCACCAUCCAGCACAAACACCCUCAACACCAUCAUCAUGAAGCUCUCCACUGUCACCGUGCCCGUCCUCGCAGGCCUCGCCAGCGCCAACCCAGUCGACGUCGAGCCGCGGCAGUCCUGCCCUUCGAUCCACAUCUUCGGGGCGCGCGAGACAACCGCACCAGCGGGCUACGGCACGUCGCAGGGGCUGGUCAACAUGGUCAAGCAGGCGUACGCGGGGUCGACGAGCGAGGCGAUCAACUACCCGGCGUGCGGCGGGCAGGCGCAGUGCGGCGGCGUGUCGUACGACCAGUCGGCCCAGCGCGGCACCCAGGCCGUCGUGCAGGCCGUGACCAGCCUGAACCAGCGCUGCCCCAACACCAAGAUCGUCUUGAUCGGCUACUCGCAGGGCGGCCAGAUCAUGGAUAACGCGCUGUGUGGUGGUGCGGGCGCCACGCUGGCUGGUGCGGCCCUGAGUGCCGUGAAGGCGGCCAUUUUCAUGGGCGAUCCGCAUAAUGUUGCUGGGUUGCCGUAUAAUGUUGGGACGUGUAGGGCGCAGGGGUUCGCCGCCCGCCCCCGCGGCUUCCAGUGCUCGCCGGCCAGCCCGUCCAUCAUCCAGUCGUACUGCGACUCGACCGACCCGUACUGCUGCAACGGCAACGACGCCAACUCGCACCAGCAGUACGUCAACAAGUACGGCCAGCAGGCCCUGGCGUUCAUCAGGAGCAAGCUGGAUGCCGCGUGA